AUGGAGAACCCCGUUUCGAAUCAGGGCGUUGAGGUAACUUCUUUCUCUUCGGCGUCGAAGUACGUGGCAGUGUCACUCGUCGCCGUGAUCGUGCUUGCUGUGGACGAACUGAAUCCAGUGAAGGUACUUUGUAGCUACACAGAUGCCUUGGUGCCGAUGCGGGAGAGACACCUCGCCAUGUUCGCAGCGUUCCUGUUGUGUCUCACAAUGGUCCAGCAGAAGAAGCAUGUGCUCUACUACUCUUGCCGGCUGUUCUUCCGGUGUACAUUCAACAACAUGUUUUUCCGCUCCGUGGAAAUAGUGGGCGCAGAGAACAUUCCCUCGCACGGACCCGUGAUCUUCACAGGAACCCACAACAACCAGUUCGUAGACGCCGUCUUCCUCCUGACGACUUGCCACAGGGAGAUCAAUUUCAUGAUCGCCAGGAAAUCCUGGGACAGGCCCGUCGUCGGGCACCUCGCCAGGGCGUUCAACGCCAUCCCCGUCAGCCGGCCGCAGGACAUGGCCUUCUCGGGCGACGGGCGGGUACUUUCCGACGGCACCGCCUCGCUGAGAGGCGAAGGCACCCGCUUCACGGCGCAGGUGGAGCCGGGCGCGCAGGUGAGCAUCAAGGGCCACGAGGACCCGUACAGGGUGACAGCCGUGAUCUCGGACACCGAAUUGCAGUUGGCCUGCGCCGUGAAUGCCAGCGCGGAUGGCGGGGAGACGUACAAGGUCUUUCCAAAGGUAGACCAGUCCGAGAUGUACGAUGCCGUCCACAAGGCUCUCCGGGAGGGAAAAUGCCUCGGCAUUUUUCCAGAGGGCGGCAGCCACGACCGCACGGACCUGCUCCCCCUGAAGCACGGCGUGGCAAUCAUCGCCCUGGACGCGCGCAGCAAGCACAGCGUCCAGGCCGAUCGCAAGCUCAAGACUUGCCGUCAAUUCCAGCGCGCUCUGGCGCUCGCGGACAGCACUCUCGCCGUUGGCCGGCCCACGGCCAGGGCAGAGCGGCUGUACGCGCAGGCGGAGCAGGACAAGGAGAGCCGGAGGGCGGCGACGGACGAGCUGCUGCGGAUGGUCUCCGCGGGCAUGCGCAGCACCAUCGUGCCGACGCCGGACUACAAGUUCCUCCAGCAGAUCUACAUGCUGCGCCGCCUUUACAUGAGAGAAGGAGUUAAGGUCAGCACAGGGCGCACCAUGGACCUCAACCGACGAUUCGCGCUGGGAGUGACCAGGAUCGCAGAGCUCGCCGAGGAGUCGGGGAAGGGCGGCGAGACGGACGAUGGCAAGCUCACGCCAGAGGAGAAGGACGUUUUUUUCAAGAUCAGGGACGAGUUGUUAAGGUACAUGUCUGACCUGAAAGCCCUGGGCCUGCGAGAUCACCAAGUCAGGCACAUCGGGUGGUGGUCCGUGAAAGACUUGCUCAGCCAGCUCGUCUACUUGCUUUUCACCGUUGGUGUCGGCGCAAUCCCGAACAUCCUGUUCAACCUGCCAGUGAUAGCCAUCUCCAGAAGGUGGGCCGUCAUCGAGCAGGCCAAGUCGCUCAAGGCUUCCAGCGUGAAGCUGGCCGCCCGCGACGUGGUCAUGUCGUACAAGAUAAUUUACGUGCUCAUGUUCGCGGUGCUGGGCACGAAGGCCGCCGAGCAGGGCGUGCGCACCUACGCCGACAUCGUGCCCAUCUGCCGGCGCCUCCGCCCGAGCACCGCCGAGGCCUACGAGCGGCUCCCGGCGCAGCGGGCGGCCCUGCAGAAGGGCCUGUUCCGGGCGAUCAAGAUGCUGGGCCCUCG